CCUGGGGUUCGGCUUGUGGUUUGAACGUGAGCCGGAUGAUGCGGAGCGGUGGUAGGUCCUGAUCGGAGGGUGGGAGGCCAGAGUUCGGGCCGUACUUUCUUCCACUUGCUACGUCGGCAGAUGAUGGAGCGAGCGAUGGAGCAGUUGAACCGGCUGACCCGUUCUUUGAGGCGGGCUCGGACCGUGGAGCUUCCCGAAGAUAAUGAAACCGCAGUUUAUACGUUGAUGCCAAUGGUAAUGGCUGAUCAGCACAGGUCCGUUUCAGAAUUGUUGACAAAUUCAAAAUUUGAUGUCAAUUAUGCUUUUGGUCGUGUCAAGAGAAGCCUGUUGCAUAUUGCUGCAAAUUGUGGCUCUGUUGAAUGCCUUAUUCUGCUUCUGAAGAAAGGAGCAAAUCCAAAUUACCAGGAUAUUUCUGGGUGCACUCCCCUUCACCUAGCAGCUCGGAAUGGGCAGAAAAAGUGUAUGGGAAAAUUACUGGAGUAUAGUGCUGAUGUGAACAUCUGCAACAAUGAAGGACUGACUGCCAUUCAUUGGCUGGCUGUCAAUGGACGCACUGAGCUUCUUCAUGAUCUACUGCAGCAUGUUAGUAAUGUGGAUGUUGAAGAUGCAAUGGGCCAGACUGCUUUACAUGUGGCUUGUCAGAAUGGGCAUAAGACGACAGUACUUUGUCUUCUUGACAGUGGUGCGGAUAUUAACAGGCCUAAUGUAUCAGGGGCUACUCCUUUGUACUUCGCUUGCAGCCAUGGUCAAAGGGAUACAGCACAGAUCUUGAUUUCAAGAGGUGCCAAAUACUUACCUGACAACAAUGGUGUUACUCCACUGGAUCUCUGUGUGCAGGGUGGAUAUGGGGAAACGUGUGAAAUUUUAAUCCAACACCAUCCCCGGCUCUUUCAAACACUUAUCCAGAUGACACAGAGUGAGGAUAUCAAGGAAAACAUGUUACGCAAGGUUCUUGAGCACUUGUGUCCACAGAAUGAGAACCAGUAUCAGAAGAUCCUCACCAGUCUUGCUGAGGUUGCCACAACAAAUGGUCACAAGCUACUCAGUAUAUCAAGUAACUACGAAGCACAGAUGAAGAGUCUGUUGAAGAUAGUGCGUCUUUUCUGUCAUGUAUUUCGCCUAGGCCCAUCCUCUCCUAGUAAUGGAAAUGACAUGGCUUACAAUGGAAAUAAAACUCCACGAAGCCAAGUUUUCAAGGUCAGAAAAUUGUAUGACGUUAUUAGGAAGAUUGAAGUAAAAGAGCUGAAUUUCACAAAGCAUGCAAACAUUAAUCAGACAUCUCUUGAAAAAGAACCAUUAGAGCUGCUGUGGCAUUCACUGGAUGAGUGGCUAGUUCUCAUUGCUACUGAAUUGAAGAAAAAUCAAGAAGACUCUGCAAUGGAUUCUAAAAAUAUUGCUUCCAUUUUACUGAAGCAGAGAGCCCAAGAGCAAAGAGCUGUUGUAAAUGCACAGACCCUUGAUACUGUAAGGAAGGAAGUCCUGGAAAAUCAAUGUGCCAGCUCUGAGAAGGAAGAAGACAGUGAAGAUCAGAUACAGGAUGCCAGUUCAGACGGUUUAGAUGUAAUUUCUAUGACAGCAAAUCGACUGAGUGCCGUGAUCCAAGCGUUUUAUAUGUGUUGCUCCUGUCAGAUGCCACAGGGAAUGACCUCACCUCGCUUCAUUGAAUUUGUGUGUAGGCAUGAUGAUGUUUUGAAAUGUUUUGUGACAAGAAACCCUAUAAUAAUAUUUGACCACUUUCACUUUCUUCUGGAGUGCCCUGAGUUGAUGUCGAGAUUCAUGCACAUCAUCAAAGCACAGCCCUUCAAAGAUCGAUGCGAGUGGUUCUAUGAACAUCUUCAUGCCAAUCAUCCUGAUUCUGACAUGGUACACAGGCCUGUUAAUGAAAAUGAUAUCUUGCUUGUUCAUCGAGAUUCAAUAUUCCAGAGUAGUUGUGAGGUUGUUUCAAAAGCAAGCUAUGAAAAAUUGAAACAAGGUGUCGCUGUGCGUUUUCAUGGAGAAGAAGGGAUGGGCCAAGGAGUGGUGCGUGAAUGGUUCGACAUACUGUCCAGUGAAAUAAUUAACCCAGACUAUGCUCUCUUCACUCAGUCAGCAGAUGGAACUACGUUCCAGCCAAACAGCAAUUCCUCAGUGAAUCCAGACCAUUUGAAUUAUUUCCGGUUUGCAGGGCAAAUUCUAGGUUUGGCACUUUAUCACCGACAACUGGUUAACAUCUACUUUACACGUUCAUUCUACAAACAUAUACUUGGUAUCCCUGUAAAUUAUCAAGAUGUGGCAUCCAUUGACCCAGAAUAUGCCAAAAACCUUCAGUGGAUUCUGGAUAAUGAUAUUAGUGACCUUGGGCUGGAACUUACUUUUUCUGUAGAGACUGAUGUAUUUGGUGCAAUGGAAGAAGUACCUUUAAAACCUGGAGGCAUAAGUAUACUUGUGACACAGGAAAAUAAGGCUGAGUACGUCCAGCUGGUUACUGAAUUAAGAAUGACUCGUGCUAUUCAGCCUCAGAUAAAUGCAUUUUUGCAAGGCUUUCACCUGUUCAUCCCAGCAUCCCUCGUUCAGCUUUUUGAUGAAUAUGAGCUGGAAUUGCUGUUGUCAGGGAUGCCGGAGAUUGACGUGACUGACUGGCAACACAAUACAGAAUACACCAGUGGCUAUGAUAAAGAAGAACCAGUGAUAAAGUGGUUCUGGGAAGUUGUCAAAGAGUUUACUCAAGAAGAAUGUGUAUUACUAUUACAGUUUGUUACAGGCAGCUCAAGGGUCCCACAUGGUGGCUUUGCUUACCUUAUGGGUGGCAGUGGAUUGCAGAAGUUCACGAUAGCUGCUGUACCGUACACUUCCAACCUCUUACCAACAUCCAGUACCUGCAUUAACAUGUUGAAAUUGCCAGAAUAUCCCAGCAAAGAAAACCUGAAAGAUCGAAUUCUCGUGGCAUUACACUGCGGUAGCUAUGGAUAUACCAUGGCGUGAAUACUCCUUGAGCAAAGAAGGAAUAUAAUCAUAAGCAUCUACACACCAGGUAAAAUCACCACUAUUAUGUCAGUCAAGAAACUGGUCUGUGUGUGUGUGAGUGGAGACAGAAGAAGACAUCAGCUCACAAAAGGGAACAGAUGGGCACAAACAACUAAUAUUCUCCUGUAGUUUCCAGGAGUAGGUAAGACCCGACGAUGACCCAUCUUCUCGAUUUGCUGAGCUCUUGGUGAAGGUGACCUCAGUGUUGUUCAAAGGCUCAAAGGUCCAAUUUUAUGUCAGAGAAAUGUAUACAAUAUACAUCCUGAAAUGUUUUUUCUUUGCAAACAUUCACAAAGAGGAGUACCCCAAAGCACGAAUGACAGUUAAGCGCAAGAACCCCAAAGAUCCCCUAGCUCCCCUUCCUCCCUUGUGUAAGUGGCAGCGAGCAACGACUUCCCCUCAUUGCUUUUCUUCAUGGUGGGGGACCACUUGACUUGGAGUUGCUUUAGGAGUAUCUGCUUUAUCCUGGGUGGUGUGGAGUUUCUUCAGAGUUUUUGGAGGUAUAGAGAAGUGGAAAGCAGUUCAUCAUGUUCCUGAAUUGUGCUUUGAAGAUGCUGAAAAGUCUUUGUGUUGUCAGGAGCUGAGUCACUCAUUCCAGAAUGCCCAGUUUCUAUCUUGUUCUUGCACCCACAGUUUUUGAAUUGCUAGUAGUGUUGAGUUUCUGGUCAAUGGUGGUAUGGCAGUGUUGGGUGACGCAGCAAUGGUAAUGCUCUUGAAUCUCAAGGUAAGAAAUUAAGGUCUCUCUACUUGGAGUUAGUUAUUGCCAGAAUGUUAUUUGAUAACUGUUGGGCUAUGUCUGAAUGUUGUCCAAAUCUAUUUCAUAUGGCAUGGGCAGCACUGCUUUCUGGUGAGUGUGUCAAGAAUGAAUCAUUGUGUAUUCAUCAGUGAAUAUCCCAAUUUUUAGUGUUAUGAUGGGAGAAAGAUUAUUGAUUAAAAUAGCUGAAAAUAGUUUUGUGUAGGCUCAAGAUGUGCAGUGAUGUGCUGGGCUGGGAUGAUUGACUUCUAACAAUUACAACUGUCUUCCUUUAUGUGAGGUGAACAUGGUUAAAAAUGAUGAAGUAUAGUGAUGAAUUCUUCCAUCAGAAAGAUGGGUGCUGAUUCAAUUGUUGAUGACACUCUUGACGACACCAUCUAAUUUGUUGUGACCUUGCAUCUUAUUCUGCAGUUUGUAAUUGUUUUACCUCUGUACACUGCAUAAUGAAUUGAUCUGUAAGAACAGUAUGCAAGACAAGUUUCUUACUGUACCUUGGAACAUAUGACAAUAAUAAAUUUAGCAGGAACAUCCCACAACUAGUCGAUAAUCUAGGCAGGGACACAUA